CUCCCACUUAUGUCUCGUCUCCUUUUUCAGUUUCGCUACCCCUUUUCCUUUUUCCCUCUUCGCCAUCCUUAGACACCUUCAACUUUAAUUAUUUGGAAGUUUUAUUCUUGCUUCGUAUUUCUGAUAAAAAAGGAUGUCUGUUCUAAAACAGUUCGAACACCUCAGAAUUAGACUGGAAGUUAUAGAAUCAGCAACCAACAACUUUUCUGAAGACAGCUGCAUUGGAAGAGGAGGAUUUGGGAAAGUCUAUAAGGGAGAAUUACUCCACUCGAAGGGGCAUAGCAUGGUUGCUUUAAAACAUUUAGAUCGUGCGUUUGGGCAAGGAGACUCUGAGUUUUGGAAGGAGGUAAUUAUGCUUUCAGUUUAUAGGCAUCAAAAUAUUGUCUCUCUCCUAGGAUUUUGUGACGAGAAAGACCAGAAGAUUCUAGUCUACGAGUAUGCAUCCAAUAGAAGUCUUGACUUGCAUCUUGACAACAAAGAUCUAACGUGGGUUCGACGCCUUAAGGUUUGCCUUGGGGCAGCUCGUGGACUAGCCUACCUUCAUGAUCCUGGUGAGACCCAGCAAAGAGUACUACAUCGUGACAUUAAAAGUUCCAACAUCCUAGACGAAAACUGGAACGCAAGAAUCGCAGAUCUGGGUCUAUCCAGAUUUGGUCCAGCUAACCAAAAGUAUACAUUUAUUGUGACCAAUAAUACUGUAGGUACCAUUGGGUAUUGUGAUCCAUUAUAUUUAGAGUCUGGGAUACUAAUAAAGGAGUCGGAUGUUUACUCAUUUGGUGUGGUUUUGUUUGAGGUUUUGUGUGGGAGGUUGUGUUUUGGCAACAACGGAUCCUUUACUCAAUUGGUACGGAAGCACUAUAGACAAAACAGCCUAAAUGAAAUUGUAUGGAGUAAUAUAAGGGAUGAAAUACAUCCUAGUUCUUUGAAGGUGUUUUCAAAAAUUGCUUAUCAAUGUUUAAAGAGUGACAAUGAAAAACGUCCAUUAAUGAAUGACAUCGUGAGAGGACUUGAAACUGCCCUGCAAUAUCAACUUUCAACAGCUUUAAUGUCAAUGCAGACAAGCCAGCCCAGUUUUGAAAAGCUCCAACCAGAAAAGGUUGAUCUCUUAGAACAAGUGAGACGCCACGAUCAAUAUAAGUGGUUGGAAACUCAUGGAGUGGGUGAGGAGAGCAUGGUUCGAAAUCUACCCAACUAUCCUAGAAGAGACAUAAAUCGUCACAUUUGUGUUGAUUUGCUCAAGAGGGUUCCUUUGUUCAAAAACAUGAAUGAGCGGUUGCUUGAUGACAUUUGUCAACGACUGAAGCCGCGUUUAUACACCCAUAAUAGUUACCUCAUCCGAGAAGGAGAUCCAGUCAAUGAAAUGCUCUUCAUCAUACGUGGUUGUCUGGAUAGUGAAACCACAGAUGGUUUAUUCAACAGUGGUUUUCUAAAAGAAGGAGACUUCUGUGGCGCUGAGCUUCUAAUCUGGGCAGUAGACCCUGAAUCCGGGGCUAACCACCCAUCCUCCACUAGAACCUUGAAGGCGAUGGCGGACUUGGGCGGCAUCCUUCAUUCAAGCAGCAUGGCGGAGAUAUUCCAUGAGGAAGAACAAAGUAGCAUCAAUCACACAGAUACGUGCCUUCCAGACUAUGAUACAAGACAUGAAGAUUGCUAA